AAACCAGCUCGAGCUCGCGCCGCAUCCUCGCGGCGCGCGAUAAGUUGGCGGCAGUUUCUAGCGAGGAGCACUGUAAUUUUUGCAACCGCAGCGAAUACCACCAAAUCUGGGCUUGCGUUGAGCACCGCUUGGCAUUAGUGGGCAGGAUGGCCGAGAUGGUCUCCCAGGGAGACGACGCCGCCGCCGCAGCGGCGCCGCCGAAGCGCGACCCGAUAGAAGCGGCUUUGUCGAUCAUGAGACGCAUGCCCCCCAAUAAAAUCGCCCACAACCUCAACGCCAUAUGCAAUCUCAUACCAGAACACGCCGACGAGCUCCUGCAGCGCGUCGACCAGCCGCUCGAGGAGGCCAAAUGCAAGGACACGGGCCGCGCGUACCUCCUAUGCGAUUAUAACCGCGACGGCGACUCUCAUAGAAGCCCGUGGUCGAACAAGUACGAUCCGCCUAUUGAUGAUGGUUUUGUACCGUCAGAGAAACUACGACGCCUAGAGGUCGAGGCCAACACGUUAUUUGAUUGUUAUAGGGAGUUGUAUUUCGAGGGAGGCACUUCAAGUGUAUACCUCUGGGAGCUGGACGGCGACGACUUCGCCGGCUGCUUCCUCAUCAAGAAGAAAGUAUCGGGCCACGAGUUCGUCACGGAGGGCUGCUGGGACUCCAUACAUGUCGUGGAAGUUAAUUUGGAGGACAACGGCAAGGCGGCCAACUACAAACUGACGACAACCGUCAUAUUAACGAUGGACGUGCAGAAGGAAAGCGUCGGCGACACGAACCUGUCCGGUACUCUUACUAGGACGGCUGAAAAAAGAUCUGUGAUAGAUGCCGAGCACACGCACAUGCACAACAUGGGCACCUUGAUCGAGGACACGGAGACCGAUAUUAGAGUGAACAUGGACGCGCUCUACAUCCAGAAGACGCGGGAGGUCGUGAACAACAUCCGUUCUCCACAAACGGGGCCCUCGCAGGGCGCGGCCUUCACGGCGUCGCUCAACGAGGCCGUCAAGCGGCACGCGCGGUAGGUUAUGUUCUCGCUAAGUUAUAUGCAUGUAGUCCCGCGCGUCGCCGGUUCGUGUGCGUCGCUUAUUGUAGCUGCCCUCUACGCUCUUGUAGGAUUGCCGUAAAUUCCUAACACGGC